AUGAAUGAGAUUGAACACGCAGUAAAUUCAAUUCAUAAAAUACUGAAGACACCACCAGAACAUUUGCUUACAGACUGUGGUAGAUCUCAACUAAUCGAUAUUUUCAACACUCUUAUUCCAUUUAUUAAUUCGAACUCACCAAGAAAAGAAUGGGCUCGAUUGAUUUGUCGACAGUUAAAUAGAUUCACAAAUUAUAAUCAUUCAAUCUUAAACAAAAUUUGGGUUCAAUAUCAUGAUGACAUCCUUUAUCUACAGGAGGAAACAAAUGGUGAGCAAGGUAUGGGUAGAGGUUGGAAUCAUUUUAAAAGAAUCAUAAAUUUCGAAAAAGAACUAGAACGCCGCGAGUCACAAUUUUACCUUGAAAUAAAUGAACAGAAAAGUUUGAAUCAACUAUUUUGUGAGCAUCAGAAGUUUUUCGAAAAAUAUCUUCUGGCAUGCAUUUCUCUCCAUUCAAAAGUAAAGGUGCACGGUUUGAUAGAGAAUAUUAAUGAUGCUCUUUGUACAAUUUACGAAUUAAAAGAAAGUUCGAUCAAUUCAGAAAGUCUACAGUGUCUUAAUAAAAAAUUAAAAUGUAUUGAGAUAGAUUUCGACUGCACAAAUAGAAAAUUCCAAAAUUUAACUUCCCAGUUUUCUAAAAAUGAUAACUCACAUAAGGGACCCAAUAGUAAUUUUAGCACCUUUUUACCUUCAGUCGAACAAAUAAAAAUAAAUAGGAGUGAUACUGUCGAGCACAUUACCAAUAUACUUCUAUGUAAUCGAUGGACUAUUGUAUUAGGAGAUCCAGGUAGUGGAAAAACUAGUCUCCUUAGAUGGAUCACAUGUGUUUUUGCUGAAUCAAUUCUUAAUGCUCAAGAGCGAAUAGUUUUAGAAGGAGAUGAUUCUAUUCCAGUUCGUGUUCCUAUUUUGAUUCGAAUUGGUGAAUUUGCAAUGUGGCUUAAGAAAUAUCCAACAAAGACACUAAUAGAUUAUGUUGGAGAGCAUACAUGGGAUUCAAAACGUUAUUGUCCUGAUGACAAUAAAAAUGUUUUGAAAGAAUUGAUAGCUCAUGGUCAUGCAUUGAUUCUUCUAGAUGGACUUGAUGAAAUUACUGAUGCCAGACAAAAAGGAGAGAUUGUUGACCUUGUGAGGAAAUUUGUUGAUAAAUAUGUGCGUGGACCUGAUUUUAUCUCGGCAUUCGAUGAUAGAAUGUUUCAUGGGACAUUGUUAUCGUUAUCCCAUGGUUAUCGUAACAUUGUUGAAACGAAGCCGCCGAGUGUACCUGGUGGUAAUCAGUUAAUUAUUACGAGUCGUAUUGUCGGUUAUCAACUGCAUCCACUUGUUGGUACUUUCAUCUGUCACUAUGCAUUUUUAUUAAUGGAUUAUAAUGAAACUAAGGAAUUUGUGAAAAGGUGGUUGUCCCAAAUUGAUAAAGCUGUACUAGAAAUUUCGUUGGAUGAAGGAAUUAAUCUUGAUCGAGAACUAGUAGAAAUUCUAUCGAAGAAACGAUAUAAUGUAUUGAAAGCAUUGUUAAAAAACAGUUCCGAUUUAGUAUCAAAUCCUUCUUUGCUAUCUUUGAUUUGCACAUUUACUUUUCAAUCACUCGAUAAAUUUAACCCUACAUCUCGAGUUGAAGUUUAUAAUCAUGCUGUUCAAAUAGCACUGCAUUCUUGGAAAAGUCAUGAAUCGAAAAUUUCGCAGAGAGUACUGACUAAAUUUUUGAUCGAUCUCGCUUGUUAUCUUCAUUUCCAUUCACCAUCUGGUCUCAUCGACGAGUACGAUAUAAAACAACUAUGUUGUUUAACCUUGCAACAACAAGGUCUAUCAUGUGAUCGUACAAAAUUACGUAAAUACGUCCGUAAUUUGAUACCAUUACUUGACUUUAACAUUGGCAUUUUCGCUGAACGAGGUUUACAGGUAUUUGGAUUUGUUCAUUUAUCAUUUCAAGAUUAUUUUGUUGCACUUUCACUUGUGCAUGGUUCGCCUGAUGAGGUUGCAAAACGUAUUCUUACAGUCGCCAUUCAUCCUCGUUUUCAUGAAUCACUACUUCUUGCUAUUGGUUGGAUUAGUUGGAGAUGGUCAUCUAAUAAUUAUGAUAGGUUCUGUAAUUUACUUAUUACUUCAUCGACACAAUACUCAAUUCCAUUUGGAACAAUUCUUUUUUUCGAAGCUUUCAAUGAUAUUCAAAGAUUACCUUCAAGUUCACUCAUCUUUAUUGCACUUAACAUUUUACUUGAUCAUCCAUAUUAUCCAAGUAAAACUACAUAUUUAAUGUCGGUUCUAUUGAAAUUACAUGAAAAUAUUAUAAUAGAAUGGAUGGAAACGCAAUUGAAAGAUGAAAAACGUCUUUCUAACUUUUGUCGAUGUUUAUUACAAAAUGCUGCGGCACAUAAGGAUGAAAUUGAAACUAAGCAGAAAUCGAUGCCAUCUGCUGUUUAUCAACAACUAUGGUUGUUACAUAAUAUUAGUGAAUCAGCCGAAUUGAUCAUCGAUCAAACCCUACGAAUAAUAAUGAGAUCGACUAGAAUGUCUGAUCAAAUCUUUAACGAAGAUUUAUCUUUGUAUUUACUGUCAAACAACAUUUCUAUAUCUGAUAGUCAUCCUUUAAUUAUUUCUGCCAUUAUUGGUGUAUGCGAUGGAGUAUGUUUUAGAGAAGAGAAAGGAAUAAUCAAAAUCGAUUUUUCAAUACAACAGAUACAUCACCAAUCGUCAAUCUUAACACCGAUUAUUGAAUAUUUCGCUAAUAUUAAUGAAUCUCAUUCAAUGAAAAUCGACAAACUCAUUCAACAAUAUGAAAGUAUUAUUGAAAAAUGUUUACCGUCGGAUAGUUCAAGUAAUGUUGUCGAUAGUUUUAUCGUUUUAAUUUGUUUGCAAGGACUCUUGCAACCAUUGAUUUAUCAAAAGCAUGAUAGGCAUAAAGCUUUAUCAGUGGCACUUGGUAGAUUAAAACGGACAUGGUUCUAUAUCAAAAAAUCAUUUAAUAGCUGUUUAUCUGGUAAUGACAAAUUACAUAGCAUAUCUUUCAUACAAUCUGAAGUUCAAUCAAUUAUCGACGAGUCCUUGUUACGACUUGAUCAGUCCGAUGAACAACGAACAUCAUUUUUAAUGGCAUGCGCAUCGGCAUUGGAAAAGCUAGGAAUGUGGAAUCACUCUGUAUGGAUCAACAGAGAUGAUUGUUAUGGCAACGAGGAUGGCAAACAUUUUCACCAUCAAUCUGGAUUUGAGAAUUUGUUUAGCGAAGAAAACCUAGAUGAAAUGAAAAUAAGUAUUCAUACACAAGAAAUGACGCAUCAAAAAUUGAUGUUGUUACUUAAUAUUCUACCACAAUCUCUACAGCAAUUGUAUUACGAUGCAAUAAUUUCAUCAACUAAUAAUACUAAUUCGUUCUCAAUAGUUGUGUUUUUAUCCGAAUGUUUAAUCCAUUUGGAACACUUUAAAAACGUUGAUUUUAAUAUUUAUCUUGCCUUACUACUGCUGUAUCCUUUGUUGAAAGAACACAUGCUCGAGAACUAUGCAUUAAUAUUUUACAAAGAAAAAUGUUCUUUGCUGACGUCAACCGUAGAUAAGAAUUGUAAUCAAUUAUUAAAAGCAAUACAUAGUCGUAAACUACUUGAUCCAUUUCUUAACUGUCAACCAGAAGAUUUGAAAUCACUCAUCAGUGUGGAGCAUCAGCGUAUUCGUGAAGCAACACAAUCAAUUCGAAGUCAGCAGAAAGAUCUGCGACUAUUUGCUGCAUCGAUUUCUCUUGCUCGACUUUUACAAGCUCAACACCGUUGUCGCCCAUCCCAUCCGAUAAAUACUAAUCUAAUCAAGUCUACAGAGAGCAAAACCGUAUACUCUACAAUAACAAAUAUAUUUGAUCCAUUUUUACGAAUCUUUGCUUUGAGCUGUGUAUUAGAUAUGAAUGAUCCGUUAAUCUUUGAUGAAAAUCAAAGAGAUCGCUUGCAAGAUGAAUUGACCGCUGAGUUACAGUCUCUGCUACCACAUGUCUCAUUACUGAAAGGAACUAUUUUACUUCUUCGAUGUCGCAAUUUAUGUUCUCAACAGAUGACGAGUACAAUUGCUGAAAAAUUUAGUAAUGAAUCACUUAACAAACAAAGUCGAAUUGAAGAAGCAGUAUUCGUUGCAUUGAGACAAUUCAAGGAUUCGAAUCUUUCACAUUGCUUAUCAGAUUUUGCUAAACGAAAAGAUAACUUAGUUGAUCUACUUCAAUUGAAAUCAGCAAUAUUCUAUCGUUAUUUUAAUAAAACAACAUCAUUUGGUUCAUCGAAUAAUAUUCUUCUAUCUUUAAUGUAUCUAUUUGAAUUGAUAUUUGAUACUGAAAUUCUCAGUAUGUAUGCAAGAGAUGAUAAGAAAAAUGAUAUCUUACCUUUGAAAGAGUUAAACAAAAUUUGGAAUGAAUCAUCAAAAGCUAAGAAAACUAUGACAUACAAUCUUGCAAUAUGGAUUACGAAUAAUUUGGAAAUGAUAGAUAAACAAAUUCUUCUGCAAAUAACACAAGAUAUGUGUGAAUGCUUAACGAUUGAGAGAAAAGCUCUUGCAGUGAUUGAAAAAUGGCUCGACUAUCGGACAGAUAAAGUCUUGAAGGUUUUAGCACACUAUGCUGCAUUGCAAUUGUUUAUUGAAGAGUCAACUAUUCCAGAUUUAAUCGAUAUCAUCAACGAAAUGUUUUGUAUUCGCGAUAAACGUAGUUUGGAAUCAAUUGUAGAAAAUCUGAUUAACUCUCGGCUUGCUAAUUCAAAUACUGUUCGUCAAAUUUUAAUCAUGUUACAUGAAAACGUUAAUUGUUAUUCGAAAAUCUCUGUUAAAAUUUCUUGUAAAGAAACGUUUGCAUUAUUUCUCGAUUUAGAACGGAAAAGAGUUACUUCAAACGUACUUAGAUCCUCUAAUGUUUCAUUGAAUUCAUUUUUAUCAAUGGCUAGUGGUUGUUCAUAUGACUUGGCUCCUAAUCUUGUCGAGAAUUUUCGUCUAUAUUUAAAUUUUCGAUCUGAAUUGGAAAAUUCUAUCAAAGAUGAAUAUUUUGCUGUUGUUAUCAAAUGGAUGUAUAAAAAUUUAACUUCGUAUUAUAACGAUGAGUUUUUCAUAGAAUUAUACAAGUACAUGCUUGCAAUUAUAGAUGUGAAACGAUUUCCUCUGAUUUGCAAGGUAAUUGUCAAUGCUCUUAUUAGAAAAUACCAUAAUUUUGCUGGGAAAUGCGAAUCAAUUGUUUUUCAAGAUGAUAUAAUUAUUGAAUUGGAGAAACUAAUUUAUUCUUCGUACAAAUAUUCAGACGAUCUUUUAGCUGUCUGUUUAGUGGCUUAUGGUAAUUGCUUAAUUCGGUUACACGAAUUUGAAAUGAGUCGAACUGUAUCAGAUGAGAUGAAAAAUAUUCUUACUAGUAUUUCUGAAAGAUCAUCAUCAGCAGUGAGUUCUAUAAGAGCGACUUUGUGUUUAUUUUUCAUCGAUUCUUCCGACAUCAACGGUCUAACAAUACUGAAAUGGUACAGAAACAAGUCAAAUAUAACAUCCGAAAAGCGAUACCAAAUAUUGUUACAACAAACAUUAUAUACAAUGCAGAAGUCGUCACAUAACGUAAUUACAGAUGAAAUCAUUGAUAACUUAAAAGCACAUUCUACUGAACUUAUUGAUUUGUUUGUCGUUGAUCUAUACAAUUAUCUUUGUAACCGAGACAAGCUUGACUAUGUUUCUGAUUCUACACCUAAUUAUAUCUUCCUAGCAGCAGAAAUCAUAGAAAGUAAUUUGAAUGAAUUUCGAGACGCUAUUCAAAGAAGUUUCUUUGGUGAAGAAAAGUUCAAAAGAGAACUUUAUCUUUCUUGCAAAAAGUAUCCACAUUCCAGUGAAUCAUUCAUAAAAUUUUAUGCGGAUUUUGGUAUCCUCACAAUCGAUUUAGUUGAAAUGUGCGAAGAGUAUGCAGAUGAUUGUUUUUUUGGAAUUGAAGCAGGCCCAAAUUUGAGCAAUAUCAAAGAGGUUGAUCGAGGUUUAAUUGACCAAUUGUUUCAAGUUUUAGAUUUGAAACUUUAUGAUAGAAAAUUCAAAUGUUCUUUAUGGAUACUAAAAUAUCUUGCCGAAAAUCAUAUGAUAUCUUUGUUGGAAGUGCAUCAAAGGAUUCCACUUAUCGAUAAUAUCUUAGAUCACGUCGAAAAUCAGCUGUGGAAGAGUGAAAAAUAUGUUUUUGAUCUCUUAUUGAACACUAGUUGUUUUAGCCACAGAGUUUCUUCCGAUUUUAAAGAAAUAUUUUUUACUAAAAGUGAUAUUGAUGAAGAAUUCGAAAAAGUAACUGAUUUUAUUGACAAGAAACUACUUCUCUUUGUCAGAAAAAAUAAUUUCUAA